AUGAUUUGUUCUUCAUCCAGUCAUUCACAUGACAACCCUCCAAGUAAUAGCUUCACAACCUCCGUGAACGUAGAUCUAUCCAUCUACAUUCAUAAUUUAAUCAUUUUUAAUCAUUUUCGUUCUAUCUAUCUAUCUAUCUAUUUGUUUGACCGUCUGUCUGUUCUUAUCUAUCUCAUUCUGUUUAUAUCUAUCUAUUUAUCUGUCUGUCUCUCUCUCUGCCUGUCUCUCUCUCUCUCUCUCUCUCUCUCUCUCUCUCUCUCUCUCUCUAUCUAUCUAUCUAUCUAUCUAUGUCAGUCUGUUCACAUCUAUCUAUCUCAGUCUGUUCAAAUCUAUAUAUCUAUCUAUCUACCUGUCGGAUGUCUAUCCAUUUGUCUGCUUAUCUCAGUCUGUUCGUAUCUAUCUAUCUAUCUAUCUAUCUAUCUAUUUUUCUGUUACUUCGUAUCUAUCUCAUUCUUUUCGUAUCUAGCUGUCUGUCGCUUCGUACCUAUCUAUCUAUCUAUCUAUCUGUUCGUAUCUAUCUGUCUAUCCUAUUUUCAUUGCUUCUUCUUCUUUGUCGAUCUUCUUUUCUUACAUUUCAUUUCUUUUCUUUUUCUUCUUUACGAAGGAUUCUGGUUUUCUUUCAUUUUGUCUUUCUUAUUCACCGUCUUCAUUUUUACUCUUUUUCUUCUUUUCGAGUACUUUCUUUCAUGUUUUCUUUCUUUACUUUCUUUCAUUUUCCUUUCUUUUUCUUCUUUUCAAAUGGUUCUGACUUUUUUUCAUAUUUUCUUUAUUAUUCACCUUGAUUUCUUUUUCCGUUCUUUUUUCUUCUUUUCGAAUGGUUCUGGCUUUCUUUUAUUUUGCCAUUGUUCUUCACCUUCUUCAUAUUCCAUUUCUUCUUUUCGAAUGAUUCUGGCGUUCUUUCAUAUUUUCUUUCUUCUUCACCUUUCUUCAUUUUUCCUUUUAUUAAAACAUCUAUAA